UUAUAAACAUGUACAUAUGUUUUUGAUCUCGAUUUUUUUCUUAUCCAAUAAUCCAAUAAUUUAAUUUGAUGAUUGAAAUGAUUACAGCCCAAAUACUUAGAUUAAAUCGUUCCAUUUUGAAUAGACCAUUGAUUCAUUGGUAUUCAUCAUUGACCAAAAUUGGAACAAAACGACCACCAUUCAAACAUAUCAUCAAACAUAAACAUGGAUUAACAUUAAUGUGCGGUGGUAUUACUACCACUGGAUUUAUUUAUUUAGCCAUUGAUAGUUUUAAAUGGAAAGCAAUAUGUCAAAGUUUUAAACAUGAUAAUAUCGUUAUUGAUGAACCGGAAAAUCAUUCCAAAGAUCAUGAUCAUGAUCAAGACCAUGAUAAACGAAUAUCGAUCUGGUCGAAAUUAUAUGAAUUCAUUAAGCCAGAUAUUCUUUGGUUCCUUUUUUCGAUUCCGUGUGCCCUGAUGUCUGCAUAUUAUAAUAUUCAAAUUAAUCUUGAAUUAGGAAACCUGAUGAAUGUCAUACAGGAAUCAUUAAAAUCUGGUACACUUAUUGAAUCAUCUGAUGAUUUUAUCAAACAAUUUAUUGAAUUGAUCAAAGAACCGGCAAAAAAUUUGAUCUUUGAUUAUCUAUCGCAAUCGAUUUUUUCCUGUUUUUAUCUGUAUUCUUUAUUCGUUAUGGCCGAACGAACUGCCAAUCGGAUGAGAUUUGAAUUAUUUUCCAAAUUUCUAAGCUUCGAGAUAAAAUUCUAUGAUCUGAAUAAUAGUGGCAAUGUUCUUAGUGCUUUAUCGAACGAUGUUCUAGAAUUUAAAAGUUCAUUCAAACAAAUGAUUUCAUUGAGUAUCAAAAAUAUGGCUCAAGUUUUAGGUUGUGUUUAUACAUUGUUUCAAAUAUCACCAGAAAUGACCAUAUUGAUUAAUGUCGUUGUUUUACCCACAUUGGUUGUGGUUGGUACACAAAUUGGAUCCAGAUUACGAAAACUUUCACGACAAUUACAUGAUCAGCUUGCAAAUAUUACGAAUAUAGCAUUCGAAUCGAUGAACAAUAUUCGAACAGUUAAAAUGUUGAGUAUUGAACAAAUUCUUGAAAAGAAAUUUUUCGAUGAACUUCUCAAGUUUGAUCAUUUGAAUCAAAAAUUUUCCUCUGGUUUUUCGAUAUUUCAAGGCUUAACAAAUCUAGCUAUCAAUGGUAUUGUUUUGGUUACAUUACUUUUUGGUGGCUAUAAUCUUCUUGGUGGCCGUAUGACCGCUGGUAAUCUGAUGGCAUUUUUGGCCACCACUCAGACCAUUCAACGUUCUCUAUUCCAAUUGUCUAUGCUUUAUGGACAUUAUAUUAAGACCACAUCAUCAUUGCAGAAAAUUUGCUCCUAUCUAGCCAUCCCUUCGCCAUAUCUUGGUGGACAAACAAUGCCAAAAAUCACUGGUGAUAUUCAAUUUAAUGAUGUGACAUUCAAAUAUCCAAAACGACCAGAAUAUAUUACUUUAAAGAAAUUAAAUUUAAAACUAGAAGCUGGUAAAAUUACCGGAUUAUGUGGUACUUCCGGUGGUGGUAAAUCAACCAUAGCAAUGUUGGUCGAAUCAUUAUAUGAUAUUGAAUCCGGAUCAAUCACAUUGGAUGGAAUUAACAUGAAAGAUUUGGAUAAAAAAUGGCUACGUAAAGAUUUAAUUGGUUACAUUAGCCAGGAACCAGUCCUGUUUUGUACAACAAUCAAAGAGAAUAUUAUGUUUGGUAAUCCAAACGCUACCGAUGAUGAAGUGAUUGCUGCAGCUAAAAUUGCUAAUGCACAUGAUUUCAUAAUUGAAUUUCCACAUGGAUAUGAUACGAUUGUAGGUCAACAAGGUACAGCAUUAUCUGGUGGCCAACGACAACGUAUUGCCAUUGCAAGAGCAAUAAUAAAAAAUCCAAAAAUAUUAAUAUUAGAUGAAGCUACAAGUGCAUUGGAUUCGGAAUCUGAAUUAUUGGUUAAAGAAGCAUUAAAAGUUAUUAUGAAAGAUCGUACUGUAUUGGUCAUUGCUCAUCGUUUAAAUACUAUUGAACAUUGUGAUCAUAUUGUUGUGCUGGAAUCCGGUAGAAUUGUUGAACAAGGUACACAUCAACAACUUUUACGGAAUGGUGCCAAAUAUUUUCAAUUAGUAAAUCGUGCUAAAGAGAAAAAAAAGAAUAGAAAAAUGAGAAUGAUGGAUGAUGAUUUUAUUGAUGAUUUAUUGGACGAAUAA